AUGUCUGACACAAGCGAGACUGGUACGGGUGCAACCCGCCCCCAGGCUGAAACUUCAGAAAAAGAAAGUGACCUGAAGGUGCAGACCGAGUUGACAGUGACCCAGAACCCGGAGGUCUCUGAGACACCAAAGGCUUCCAAGGCGCCAGAGGUCUCAGAAGCCAAGAAGGUCUCGGAGGCCAAGAAGGUCUCUGAGGCCAAGAAGGUCUCAGAGGCCAAGAAGGUCUCAGAGGCCAAGAAGGUCUCAAAGUCUGCCGAGGUCUCGAAGCCUGCUGAGGCCUCAAAGCCUGCCGAGGCCUCAAAGCCUGCCGAGGUCUCGAAGCCUGCCGAGGUCUCGAAGCCUGCAGAGGUCUCAAAGCCUGCAGAGGUCUCGAAGCCUGCAGAGGUCUCGAAGGCCGCAGAGGAAGCAGAGGCCCGAGAAACUCCGGAGGCAGCUGCCCCUAAGGAGUCAUCUCCCGCUAAGCCGACUGAUACCCAGAGUUCGGCAACUGAAGAGAAGAGUCCAGCAGCUGACACCAAGGUGCAGGAGGCUGACCCUCAGGCUGAGGCGGCGCCUGCCCCUGAGACCAAGGAGGUCAGCGGUGAGGCUGAUACCAAGACCGAUCCAAAAGCCCAGGAGACUGAGGCUGCUGCCUCUAAGUCUCCAGAGGCAGAUGAACCUGAACCUGAGCCUGAGGGUGCAGCGGCCCAGGCUCAGGAGAAUCAGGACACUCGGCCCAAGGUCAAGGCCAAGAAAACCCGAAAGGUGAAGCAUCUGAACGGGGAGGAGGAGGUCAGCAGUGAUCAGAGUCAGGCUUCCGGACCCACAGGAGGCCGAAGGGUCUCCAAGGCCCUCAUGACCUCCAUGGCCCGCAGGGCUUCCAGAGGCCCCAUAGCCUUUUGGGCCCGCCGGGCAUCAAGGACUCGCUUGGCUGCGUGGGCCCGAAGAGCAUUGCUCUCCCUGAGGUCACCCAAGGCCCGCAGGGGCAAGGCCCGCCGCAGAGCUGCCAAGCUCCUGGCAGCAGCAGCCGAAGAGCCCGAAGCACCACCAGCUCGGGAUGUGGCCCUUUUGCAGGGGAGGGCAAACGACUUGGUGAAGUACCUGUUGGCUAAAGACCAGACGAAGAUUCCUAUCAAGCGCGCAGACAUGCUGAAGGACAUCAUCAAAGAAUACACUGAUGUGUACCCUGAGAUCAUUGAACGAGCAGGCUAUUCCCUGGAGAAGGUGUUUGGGAUCCAGCUGAAGGAAAUUGACAAGAAUGACCACUUGUACAUUCUUCUCAGCACCUUGGAACCCACUGAUGCUGGCAUACUGGGAACAACCAAGGACUCCCCCAAGCUGGGCCUCCUCAUGGUGCUUCUUAGCAUCAUCUUCAUGAAUGGAAAUCGGUCCAGCGAGGCUGUCAUCUGGGAGGUGCUGCGCAAGUUGGGGCUGCGCCCGGGCAUACAUCACUCGCUUUUUGGGGACGUGAAGAAGCUCAUUACUGAUGAGUUUGUGAAGCAGAAGUACCUGGACUACGCCCGCGUCCCUAACAGCAAUCCCCCUGAGUAUGAGUUCUUCUGGGGCUUACGCUCCUACCAUGAGACCAGCAAGAUGAAAGUGCUCAAGUUUGCCUGCAAGGUACAAAAGAAGGAUCCCAAGGAAUGGGCAGCUCAGUACCGAGAGGCAAUGGAAGCAGAUAUUAAGGCUGCAGCUGAGGCUGCAGCCGAAGCCAAGGCGAGAGCUGAGAUUAGAGCUCAAAUGGGCAUUGGCCUUGGCUCUGAGAAUGCUGCUGGGCCCUGCAACUGGGAUGAAGCUGAUAUUGGACCCUGGGCCAAAGCCCGGAUCCAGGCGGGAGCUGAAGCUAAAGCCAAAGCCCAAGAGAGUGGUGGUGCCAGCGGUGGUGCAAGCGGUGGUGCCAGUGGUGGUGCCAGCGCCAGUGCCAGUGGCAGCUUCGGUGCCAGUGCCAGCCUGCCCACCACUCUCACAUUUGGGCUCUUCUCUGGCCUCAGUGGAGCUGGUGCCAGCGGUUUUUCCUACAAGUGA